UCGGCCCAAGCCAAUGUCUAGUUCUCCCGGUAAAAACCACAAAGGCACCAAAGGUUCAAAGGAUUGGUACACCCCUGACCUGGGUAGGCUACGACAGCUCAUGCUACUUGUUCAUGAUCAUUUUAAGGGCGCAACAGAUGACAAUAUCAGGCAGAGAUAUUACUUACUUUACUGUAGAAUUAAGUGUGACUAUGGUGUUAAGGUCAGGGAUGCAAAGAGGAAGUUUAAUGCAGAUAAAAUCCUCAACGCUCCCAACCCUUGCAAGGCUGCAUGGGACAUUGUGAAUGAUUGCAGGUCUCCUUGUCCUGGCCCUGAAGUUCUGGCCACCCCUGAUGAUUUCAACACAUAUUUUCUAAAUGUAGCAGAUGAACUCAUCACAAAUAUACCCGUGUUGCAGACAGACCCCCUGGAUUCGGUUAAGGAUCUCACCCAAACACACAACUUUAACUGCUGGACGAAGAGGGAAAGACCUAGAGGAUCUCCGUGGAGAAGCUACUGUCCUACUGGAAGAAGCGAAGAGCUGGUUUGCCGUCAAUAGGCUCAAGGUGAAUGAGAACAAGACACAGACCAUCCUGUGUACCCUCAAACCUGUUGUGGAAGAUGAGGCUGUGAAACUCCUGGGCUUCUGGCUUGACCCCAGGUUAAAUUGGAAGCAUCACAUAGACAAGGUAUGUGUUAGGCUAUCUAGAGUUACUUACCUACUAAGAAGACUUCGUUCUACUUUAAGUCAACCCUCUCUGCUGAUGGUCUA